CUCCUUACUACGUGCCAAACAAAACGGUGUACCAAAUUACUCAAUCCACGUGCAAGUUCACUACGACAAGAUGACGUGUUUGCUGAAGUGGUUAUCGCUGUUUUUACUGCUCGGUUUGCAACUCAAUUGCACUCAAACAAGACGGACACUCGAUGAUUUCGAGGAUGAUUUUGAUGAAUAUUUGUCCGGCACUUUCAAACAAAGGUCGUCCACAUCUGCGCGCAACUUUAUCCCAGUAACAACUGCGUCAACGCGACAACUAACUUCGACCGAUCGAUCUAUUCGUCCUAUGACGGAAGCAUGGAAGCAGUGGUUCACAACAGUACCGUUUACCACAACUGUUCCAGCAUUCGUAACCACGGUAUUUCCAUCAGUAGUACCUGGUCACCAACGGGGAAGCCGCGGCCAGACAACCUACAGACGGCAAUCCUACUUGACUACUCCGUUAAGUAGAGGAACAUCAGCCUAUUACCGAGUUCAAACCACAUCCAAACCCAUCGAUGGGGAUGAAGAUGCAGAUAAGAAGACCAUGGGUGCCACUUGGGUUGUAACUCACUCUUCUGAGGCAAGUCUGACAGACUCAAAAUUACAAGGUUUAAACUCACGCCUUUUUCAGCUACUCCUUCGCUUGUGUGAGGUUGUGGGUGCCCAGUUACGUCAGGCAUCAAGUGGAUUUCAACAGAUAGUCGAUCAGUUUCGUGGCUGAUCACGUGUUGAGCAAAACUUUUGCACUGGUUACUCCAUACGACUCUUUAUGAUCUAAUGCAUAUUGAUCCUAUUAAAAAACCCUUUGCUCUGCUUAAAACUGGUUACCAGCUUAGGUUGCAUGAUAAUUUUCGUUGUCUUUUUCGAAUACAGUUUGGC